CUUAUUUUCCUCUUUUCCUAAAUCAGGUUUGUCAAAAAAAAAUAAAAAAAAAUGGGUUCAGUUUCUCUCUGAAGAAACCAAACGACCCAAAACAAGAUAAUUCCAUAAUUGUAAUGGCUUCAAGUCCACCCAAGAAGACCUUAAAUUCACAAUCUUCUUCCUUAAGCCGGCCUCCACAAGCUGUCAAGUUUGGUCGCCGGACGUCCAGUGGUCGCAUUGUUAGCCUCUCCCGUGACGAUGACAUGGACGUCUCUGGUGAUUACUCCGGCCAAAAUGAUUACAUCAACUACACCGUCCUCAUGCCUCCAACACCUGACAACCAACCUGCUGGCUCCUCUGGCUCCACCUCGGAGUCUAAAGGUGAUGCUAACCGAGGUGGAGGAGGAGGAGACGGGCCCAAGAUGGGGAAUAAGCUGGAGAGGAGAUUGUCUGUCAUGAAAUCAAAUAACAAAUCAAUGUUGUUGAGGAGCCAGACGGGAGAUUUUGAUCAUAACAGGUGGUUGUUUGAAUCUAAAGGAAAAUACGGUAUUGGAAACGCGUUUUGGUCAGAAGAGGAUGAUACCUAUGAUGGUGGCGUUAGCAAGUCCGAUUUCUUAGACAAGCCAUGGAAACCUCUCACGAGGAAAGUUCAGAUCCCGGCCAAAAUUCUUAGUCCCUACAGGUUAUUAAUCGUGAUUCGUCUUGUGAUAGUCUUCUUCUUCCUUUGGUGGCGUAUUACGAACCCUAAUGAGGAUGCAAUGUGGUUAUGGGGACUAUCGAUAGUCUGCGAGAUUUGGUUCGCUUUCUCUUGGAUUCUUGACAUUCUUCCGAAGCUAAACCCUAUAAAUAGAGCUACUGACCUUGCUGCCUUGCAUGACAAGUUUGAGCAGCCCUCUCCGUCAAAUCCCACUGGUCGCUCUGAUCUUCCCGGUGUUGAUGUGUUCGUUUCCACGGCUGACCCUGAGAAGGAACCGCCUUUAGUCACUGCAAACACCCUUCUCUCGAUCCUUGCUGUGGAUUAUCCAAUUGAGAAGCUUUCUGCUUACAUUUCUGACGAUGGUGGUGCAAUUCUCACCUUUGAAGCUAUGGCUGAAGCUGUUCGUUUUGCUGAGUAUUGGGUGCCAUUUUGCAGAAAACAUGAUAUAGAGCCACGGAACCCGGAUAGUUACUUUAGCAUUAAAAAGGACCCAACAAAAAACAAGAAAAGGCAAGAUUUCGUCAAAGAUCGUCGUUGGAUCAAGCGUGAGUAUGACGAAUUCAAGGUCAGGAUCAAUGGUCUUCCAGAACAAAUCAAGAAAAGAGCUGAACAGUUCAACAUGAGAGAAGAGCUCAAGGAGAAGCGAAUUGCCCGAGAGAAAAAUGGGGGUGUAUUGCCGCCAGAUGGGGUUGAGGUGGUAAAAGCAACGUGGAUGGCUGAUGGUACGCAUUGGCCAGGGACAUGGUUUGAACCUAAACCUGAUCAUUCAAAAGGAGAUCACGCCGGAAUUCUACAGAUCAUGAGCAAAGUGCCUGAUCUUGAACCGGUGAUGGGCGGACCGAAUGAAGGCGCGCUAGAUUUCACAGGGAUUGAUAUUCGUGUACCUAUGUUUGCUUAUGUCUCGCGUGAGAAACGUCCAGGUUUUGACCACAACAAGAAAGCCGGCGCUAUGAAUGGUAUGGUUAGAGCUUCAGCCAUAUUAUCCAAUGGCGCGUUUAUCCUCAAUCUGGACUGUGAUCACUACAUCUACAACUCCAAAGCUAUCAAAGAAGGAAUGUGUUUCAUGAUGGACCGAGGUGGUGACAGGAUCUGUUAUAUUCAGUUUCCACAACGGUUCGAAGGAAUCGACCCAUCAGAUCGAUAUGCAAAUCACAAUACUGUCUUCUUCGAUGGUAACAUGAGAGCAUUAGAUGGGUUACAAGGUCCUGUCUAUGUUGGAACAGGGUGUAUGUUCCGAAGGUAUGCUCUCUAUGGAUUCAACCCACCUCGAGCCAAUGAGUACUCAGGCGUGUUUGGUCAGGAAAAGGCUCCAGCUAUGCAUGUCCGGACUCAGUCCCAAGCAUCCCAAACGUCCCAAGCGUCUGAUUUAGAGUCUGAUACACAGCCUCUUAAUGAUGAUCCAGAUCUUGGUCUGCCCAAAAAGUUUGGUAAUUCGACCAUGUUCACAGACACUAUUCCAGUUGCAGAGUACCAAGGACGGCCUCUAGCAGAUCACAUGUCGGUUAAAAACGGAAGACCACCUGGUGCUUUGCUCCUGCCACGACCUCCCCUUGAUGCUCCAACAGUGGCUGAAGCCAUCGCUGUCAUUUCUUGCUGGUAUGAAGACAAUACUGAAUGGGGAGAUAGAAUCGGAUGGAUUUACGGGUCGGUCACGGAAGACGUGGUGACAGGUUAUCGUAUGCAUAACCGUGGUUGGCGGUCCGUUUACUGCAUCACAAAACGUGAUGCUUUCCGUGGCACAGCUCCAAUCAAUCUCACUGACCGUCUCCAUCAAGUUCUCCGUUGGGCCACAGGCUCUGUAGAAAUCUUUUUCUCCAAGAACAAUGCCAUGUUCGCCACCAGAAGGCUCAAGUUUCUCCAGCGAGUCGCCUACCUCAAUGUCGGGAUCUACCCUUUCACUUCCAUCUUCUUGGUCGUCUAUUGCUUCCUCCCUGCUCUCUGUCUCUUCAGCGGAAAAUUCAUCGUCCAGAGCCUCGAUAUCCACUUCCUCUCCUACCUUCUCUGCAUCACCGUAACCCUAACCCUAAUCUCACUCCUCGAGGUCAAAUGGUCGGGAAUCGGACUGGAAGAAUGGUGGAGAAAUGAACAGUUUUGGUUAAUCGGAGGCACAAGCGCUCAUCUUGCAGCAGUCGUUCAAGGUUUGCUCAAAGUUAUAGCCGGAAUCGAAAUCUCCUUCACCCUGACAUCGAAAGCCUCAGGAGAAGACGAAGACGACAUCUUUGCGGAUCUUUACAUUGUGAAAUGGACAGGCUUAUUCAUCAUGCCGCUUACAAUCAUCAUAGUCAACCUUGUUGCGAUAGUGAUUGGAGCUUCGAGAACAAUAUACAGUGUGAUUCCGCAAUGGGGCAAGUUAAUGGGAGGAAUAUUCUUUAGUUUAUGGGUCUUGACUCAUAUGUAUCCGUUUGCUAAAGGAUUGAUGGGUCGAAGAGGAAAGGUUCCAACGAUUGUUUAUGUUUGGUCCGGGCUUGUGUCGAUUACCGUCUCGCUGCUUUGGAUCACCAUUAGUCCUCCAGAUGAUGUUUCAGGCAGUGGAGGAAUCUCAGUGUAAAUUUGGAUCAGAAUGUAAAAACUGAGGAUUUUUAACUCUAUUUUUUUUUGUUUGUAAAAGUAAUUUUGGUUUAUGUAAAUUUAUGUUGAAACAGACCAAUUCUUGCUGUACUUCGUGUUAGCUUUUGAUACACACCGUUGUUACAUGGAACAGAAACAAACAGUUUUUUUUCAUU